AUAGUUGCAAGUUGGUACUAAACGUCAUAUGGCGGAAGAUUAGCACUUGGUUGUGGCUUAGUUAAGGUCGUUAGGGUUAGGUUGUUGUUUGAAGAGUACUUACUAUAUUAGGUGUUAUUUUUGUGGUAUUAAUUAUCCUAUAUCUCAGGAUGGUAAACUUAGGAGAUGAGUUUCCGAAUUUCAAAGCAGACACUACAAGUGGGCCUAUUCAAUUUCAUGACUGGAUAGGAGAUUCGUGGGCGAUUUUGUUCUCUCAUCCGUCUGAUUUCACCCCUGUAUGCACAACAGAACUGGGACGUGUUGCAAAUUUAACUUCAGAAUUUGAGAAACGUGGAGUGAAAAUUAUUGCAUUAUCAUGUGACUCUGUUGAUUCUCAUAAGAAGUGGAUCCAGGAUAUCAAGAGCUAUGCAAAACAUUCUGGUGAUGGAUUUCCAUAUCCAAUAAUUGCUGAUGAGAGUAGGGACCUGGCAGUGCAGUUGGGGAUGCUGGAUCCCCUUGAGAAAGAUAAAGAUGGUCUGCCUCUGACAUGUAGAGCAGUGUUUGUGAUUGGUCCAGACAAGAAACUACGUCUCUCAAUGCUGUAUCCAGCUACUACUGGGCGAAAUUUUGAUGAGAUACUUCGUGCUGUAGACUCACUUCAGCUUACAGAAAAGAAAAGGGUGGCAACUCCUGCUGAUUGGAAGGCCGGUGGUGAAUGCAUGGUGCUUCCAACAUUGAAAGAUGAAGAAGCCACCAGUCUUUUCCCCAAAGGCUACUUUGUUGUAAAUCUCCCAUCAGGCAAGCCAUAACUUGGUGUUACUCCACAGCCUUGACUGUUGCAAGUUCCUUGAAGAUUCUUGCAGCUACAUUUAAUUGAGUUCAUUGGUUACAUAAGAUAAACAUUCUGUAUCUGUAAGAACAUUUUGUGCACAUAGGUACCAACUUUCUGAAAUUAGUAUUAAAAUAAAUUUUAAGUUCAGCUACUUAAAAAGUGGUUUUAAUAGAUUUUUAAAAUUGUGGUGACAGAGGAACAUGAUUUACAUCAAAUGUUCAUUGCUCUGUGCAUUCAAAUAUUGCAUUUAUGUUUGUCAUUUAUAGAACAGAUAAUUACAAUUUGUUACAUUAUCUGGAUGACGUUUUUUUUUUCUUAAUUCAUGGGGUAGGGGUAAAUUGAGAUCAGUUUGGCCUAUUGUACCAUUCUUGAAUAGAUAGUGAGUAAGGAGUGUUUUGUGGAAUGAGAAUUGGCAAGGGAAGCCAAAACACUCAGAGGAAAUGUGCCCAGUUCCACCUUGUCCAUCACAUAUCCCACAUAAACCAAACUGGGAUUAAACCUAGUCUACCAAGGUGGAAAACCGGUGACUAACCACCUGAUCUGUGGGAUGGCCAGUAAGUGUCAGUUCAGUACUUAACCUUGCACUGGGAUAUUUUGACUUAAUACUUAGGAAUUUGAAAGUAAUUUAAUUAUGCCUUACUGUGUUAUUAGUAAGUUGAGGUUAGUGUUAAGAAAUGUAAGUGUAGUACUUUCUACACACAGCUGUAUUUCCUAGUCACACAUGGGUAACAGUGCAACCUGAUUUAUCAUUGCUACUGUUCAGAGGUGUGCUAAAUCAGCAUUAGAAUUGUCAUAUGUUUAUAAUUUCAGUGAUAUUUUAUUGUUCCAUAAAAAAUAAUUGUAGAAUAUAUUUUGGAAUAAAUACAGGAUUUUAAUAAUGCUA